AUGAGUCGAGAAAAUAAACAAUGCCAAAUCCUGGCCAUCGGUCUGAAGCAAGUGCAUCAGAUGAAGACUGUGUCAAUGAGGCCAGUGAUCAUCUGCGCUAAUGGCUUCGUUUUGAAAUCAAUGAGAGCCGGCAUUGACUACCUGAAGCUCCCAAAAAUGCUACUAGAAAGUGUCAUAAAGCUGCUGCUGUGGAUACCACCAGAAGAGUGCGCGGAUAUAUGCCAUGCUUAUCAAAUUCUUCGUCGUGGGAUACCAGAGGAUCAUAUAAUCACGAUGAUGGUCGAUGACAUCGCCUACAAUAAACGGAGCGUUAACACUUGCAGCAAGUGCAUUCGAAAGUUGAAGGAAUUGAAACAGACGAGUCUGUUGGAACGAUUUGAAACUAAUUGCUCGUUUUGGUUUAGCAAUCCGCUACCCGGGGUCAUAUGGAAUUCACCGAAUGGCCCAAAUGUCUAUAAAGGUGUGAAAAUCGACUAUCGUGGAGAAGAUGUUACACCACAAAACUUCAUGAACGUCUUGCUCGGGAGAAAGAAGGAAAUGGCCGGCAUUGGAACAGGAAGAGUGCUAGACAGUGGACAUUUUGACAAUGUUUUCAUCAAUUUCGUCGAUCACGGAGACAGCGGAAUCAUCUCGUUCCCAAACGGAGUGCUGACAGCAAAAGAGCUUAACGAAACUUUCAUUCAAAUGCACAAAGAAAAUCGUUAUAAUAUGCUUGUGGCUUACAUAGAAGCCUGCUUCUCCGGUUCCAUGUUUUAUGACAUUCUGUCAAGCAACAUCCGUGUUUUCGUGACUACAGCCGCUGACCGAAUCCAGAGUUCUUACGCCUGCUGCUGGGAUAACCUGAUUGGUGCUUACCUCGGUGAUGUGUACUCGGUGCAAUGGAUGAACGACAGCGAACAUGGUUGCUCCGAUGCGGUACCUUCAGAAGAUGUUCCUGUAGAAAUUUUAAAACGUAAAAUAGCUUCAACAAAGGGAAAGGAACAAGCGGAAUUCGAAAAUCAGCUUCAACAGCUACUCGAGAAAAGAGAAAUGGCUGAUUCCAUAAUUAGUUCCAUUUCCGACCCAUUUGAAUAUCUUCUGAAAAAUCCCAAGACCAUGAAGAUGAAAGGUACGUCUCCUGAGAGAAGUGAAAACAAAAGGCGCGAACUCGACUGCCAUUCGAAGCUGGUGCAUGCGUUCAACGAAAUCUGUUUCAACAUCGGCAGGAAUCCGUACACGGCAAAAAUUGGGCGACUGUUCAGUCAACUUUGCGAAGGCGACGUUAACGAAGAGAAAGUCAUUUUGAGAAUGCAGGAGAGGUGCUCCAUGAAGAGCAAGCUCGCUGACAUUUAUUAA